GUCAAAAGGUUCUCUCAUUACUAGACAGCCCUGGUAAGCGGCGCUGCUCCUUGUCCCCUUCUUCCGUUGGUCUUUUUUUUCCAUCGCCCCGAAUGGACUCCCGUUACUCCACCAUCUCCAGGCGGCGGCUCGGCGGGGUAUCUAUUCCUAUAUGUAUAUCUACUACUGCUCUUUAUGUUACCUGUUAUGUUCUUUUCCUUUUUUAACACUCUUGCUCUGGUCUUUUGUCUGUCUGCCGGUCUUAUACCCCCUGUCAAUGCCCUCGUAUUGUUUGCACGAUUGUCACUAUUUCUACCGCAGUGCUCUACGUCUUUUGUCCAUUCCUACUUUCCUCGCCUGUCGCUUUGCCUAGUUGAUUGGGCACCUAUCACCUGACGCUUUUCUGACCUCCAACUGACGAUCAUGUCUUACUCCGACAUGGCAGUUCGUUUUUUUACUGCCCCUAAACCUAUCGGGGAUACCAUGACUUCCCCCAGACGUCUAUCCCAG